CGCCCCGUGAACGCCGGCGCGCCGGAGCCGCCUCCCGCCAUGGGCAGCGCCGAGAGCCGCGAGGGCCGUGGGGCGCCCUCCGCGAUGGACGAGGAGGAGCGGGUCCGGGUGCUGCAGGGCAUCCGGCUGUCUGAGAACGUGGUCAACCGCAUGAAGGAUCCCGGCCAGCCUGCUAGAGUGGCACUGUCAGCGCCUCCAGCUGCCGCCCUUGGCUCCUCCGAAGGCCAGGAGAAAGACUGCCAGCCGCGCGGGCCGGAGCGCAGCGGUGGCCGGCGGCCCCUGGCGGUGGAGCCGGACGUCCUCGAGAGGUGUGACCGGGGGAAGGCCGAGGUCCAGGACCAGCCGCUCCAGGUGGCGACGAGGGACAGAGAGGCAGCUGCAGAGCCCCGGCGGGGGGAGGGCAGCGGGGACCUGGAGACAGAGACACAGAGGCAGCAGUCCGCCCGGCCGGCCAGGGAGCUGGCAAGCCGAGAGGCGGAGCUGAGACGCCGCGACGCCUUCUGCAGGGAGCAGCUGGGGCGCCUGGAGAGGCAGAAUGUCGAGACGUACAGACUGUCUUCACAGCAGUUCCAUGAGGCAGCCUCCAAGGUGGAGGGCGCGAUCAGGUAGCGGAACGCAUCUUGAGGAGUUACGAAAAGUUAUGAAGGGUGAUUAUGUAGCCUAGGACAUCUCCAGCACGGAUUGAACAGAACUGUUCGGAAGGUAAAAUGCAUUCCCGAGCGGGCGGAACCCUGCUGGUCUGGGGAGGACAGCCGGGCUCCAGUUCUUGCUGGGGCUCGGCCCAGGCGUCCGCGUUGUUUCCACGUCGGGAAGGCCUGGCCCCUCCCGUGCGCUGUGUGUGCUUGGCCUGUGCAGAGGGGUCACGUGCGACACCACGCAGCAAGCCCAGCCGGGGCCGGGGCUUCUGUGGGCGGGGGAGGCAGACAGGAGGGCGGCCCUGGCACUCGGCGCAUGCUUCCUGGACGAUGUCACAUCACUCCCUGUCCCCGUUCUGUGGACAGGAGCGUGGGGAGUCCUGCCGUGAACGGGCUUCCCAAGCGGAUGGCGCUGGUGGGCAGGAGAGACAGGUCGCUCAGGCCCCGCUGCCGGGCGUCCCGCGUCCGUGGAGUCCGCCCACGGGGAGGGGGCGUGAGUGCCGGGUCUGGGCUGUAUCCGAAGCCUUGGGAAGCCAUCGGAAGCGUCGGCUCUGAACUGCCAGGAGCAGACGUGUUUCAGAGCGAUGGCUCUAGAGGCAGCGGAGGAGCCUGUUGAGCCCGAGCUGCCGUCCUGCCCUCGGGUGUUGGUUGCUGUUAAACGCGAGUGUCUCCGUCCCAACUCAGGCCCCUUUCACCCUGUUGUGCCAGCCUGUCUCUCAGUGUGUGUGUGUGUGUGUACGCGUGGCGGGGCCGUGUAUACGCCGGGGAGAGGAGGGAGGGUGCCCUGAGAUGGUGUCCUGCCCUGCAGCCGCUAGCCGGUGACCCCUGUGACGUGUGACCUUGGGGAAGGCAGGGUCGCACCCCUCACAGACCUGGUAGCGAUGGGACAGGUGGGAUGCCGCCGCCACACGCUGGGCUGCUAGCAGUAGGCGCGUAUCCCUUUUGCUCUGUGAGCAACCUGAUUUCUAGUUCAGAAUUUCCAGAUAAGCAGUCCUUUAUUUGCUCCUAACUCAACAAAGGUUUGGCUCCUCCUUUGCGUGCAAACCCUUUACUCAGCCUUGCGCACACACCUGUCUUUGUCCUCUGUAACUGUGUGCGUGUACAGACAAACACGGUAACACUGUGAGCAGUGCACUUGUGAAUCCAUCCAGAUCUAUAACGUGGGAAUUUGGUGUCUACACAUGGAUGUGCUGUUUCCCGUAGCACCUUGAAGUCCUCAGAGAUGAAAAUAGCCAGAUGAUUAUGUAUCUUUACAGUUUUCAAAAUGAAAAACAGUUUUGUCUUCUGAUGAGAAAGAUGAUGUGUGAAUGUUUGUAAAAAUAUCAAACGAUGCAGAUAAAUAUUAAAAAGUUAAUAAAACCCCCAGUUUGCCCUGCUUCUGUUUUGAUGGCGUCACCCUGAGCUCAGCACACACACGAUUGGAUGUAAGUGGGCUCGUGGGCUCCUGGAAACAAACACAUCACCUCCCUCGUCCGCGAUCCGUGGGCCUUGUCCAUGUCAGUAAAUGUGGAUUUACAUGCUCACUUUUAAUACCACGUUGUUCUUCUAGAGGGUCGGAGUUUAUGUAAUCGAUCGCUUGUUGAUGAAUCCUGGGGAGCUCUCAGGGUUUUUUUUCACCAAUAUAUGGCAACUGUGACGAACAGCUUUAUCUGACGUUGUGCACUUAUUUGUUUAAGUCCUUCUAGAGGGAAUUGUGGGGUCACACACAGACCGCGUGUUAUACACGUAUGUUUAUGUGCUGACCUUUUACCCACUGGCUCUCCAGAACCGUGGAGGUUCUGUGCCAGUCCCCACUCCAAACAGUGAUGCUGGACGGGGCCCGCUUCCCCAAGCACAGGAUUCUAACAGUGUUUCUAAACAACAUCUUUGUCAGUCUCACGACCGGCACCAAACCCCCUCCUUUCUUCCGGGAUCCAUGAGGUUAAACCCGUCCAGAAAGUAUCGGCUGUUUGCGUUUCUUCUUUUGUGAAUUACUUACUUAUGGCCUUUGCCCUUUUUCCUUAUGAGUUUUUUUUUUAAAAGGUCCUUGUGCAGUGGUGUUAUUCAUCUUUCAUUUUUGUUGUAGCUGUUUUUCGAGUUUAAUUUUUGCCCUUUGGGAGUUGCUUGGGGGACAGGGCGUUCUUGUUCAUUUUUCCGUUGGUGACUUGGGUUCUGUCACAAAGGCCUCCUUCCCACUGUACCCACACCUUUAGGACGAGUACCACUAUGAUUCAUCCCCCGCUAAGUGGUGCUGCAGACGACCCCGCUGUAGUGUCUUAGGUGUGGGGUGUGAGGUACGGAUCCACCUGGGUUCUUUCCCAAAUGGGGAGCCCUUUGUCCCGUCAGCAGUCAGGCGCUAACAUCCUUGGGUCUAUUUCUGGACUCUUUUCCAGGGCCAAUCCUGCACAUUUUAAAUAUGUAAUAAAGCAUAUUACACAGUGACAGUUAUUUAAAAUAUUAAAUAUCCAUCAGAGCAAGUUCUUCUACCUUGGUGAUCUUUUCCCAACUUGUUUUUUCAGAUGAAUUUAGAAUCACUUUGUCAAACUUCCCCUACCCUACUCCCAGCUGGAAAAAAGAAAAAAGAAAACCCUGGUGUCCUCUUUUUUGGGAUCGAUACAUUCUUUGGAAUACAUUCAGUCCCCUCAAACUGCCAUCCUUGUGUUUUAUUUUGUCUUCUUUUGACAUAAUUUCAAGCCCAUAGAAAGGUCACAAGAAUAAGAACUCUUGCCUUAAUCCAGGUGCCCAAUAGGUCAUGCCAGAGUCUGCAUCCUCACCGCCUCCCUUUUCCUGACACGGUGACCUGUUGCCCCUCCGUGUUCCGGUCCACCGUGGGCCUCCCGGGACCGUCUUCCGUGACCACACGCGGCCCUUCUGGUCGGGAAGCCCUCGCUGACUCAGCCGCAGACCACAGACGCAUCCCCGCUGCCCGGCCGCGCUCCCUUCCUUUCCGGCCCAGGAGUUCGUGCUGCACCUCCAUGGCCGUCAGCCUCCAGCUGCGACCUUGACAGUCUUUAAGGGUACAAGCCUCUCCUCCUGAAGGGUGAGCCCAGCCUGGGUCCACCCGGUGCCUCCUCGCGGCCAGACUCAGGCUGUGCAUUCCAGGCAGGAGGGCCCCCACAGUGGUGCUGUGCCCGUCCCUGCGCGUCCCAUCCCCCCCGGGGAUACGGCCCGUGACCCGGUCACGGUGGGUCUGCCUGGUCUCCGCACGCGCUGUGUCCCCUUGUGCUUGGUGAGAGGGUCUGCAGGGCGUGCCUGGGUCCUGGUCCCGCAGCCUCGGCCUCCAGGGACGAUGCCCCUCAGCCCCCACCACCAUCAGGGUUGCCCGUGACGGCCGUGUAUUUCCAUCCUUGCUUCGGCGUGUAUAAGCGGAACUAGAGGAAGGGUUUCCCUUCUGCCCCACUCAGGCCUUCGUUUGUUGUUUAUGUCAGACAAGAGUCAAGCAGGCGCGGUUCCUUGUUGGGUUGUAAUAAAUACCCCGUGUGUGGUGUCCACGUGGUCCAGGAUUCAGCCCUUCAGACAGACUCUCCUGUCCUUUUGACGCGUGGCUUCACGCUCCGAGUGGCCUUUAGUCUCUGUGCAGGUGCUCCGGCCCCAACCCGGUUUCGUUGGUGGGAGAGCGGUGCUUAGAAACCAAGGUCUGGGCGCGGGGUGUGCGCGCCGCUGCUGGGGUGCUCCCGGGGGAUGGACACGCACAGACGUGUGUGCGUGCGUACAUGCAUGUGGGUUCACGUGCACUCACACGGACGUCUGUCUGGGUAUAGGAUGUCCACACAGGCUCCCCGGUUCCAGCACGGGAGCCCCUUCCUCAGAGGGCUUGGCUCUCUUGUCCGCCACGUGCCGCACACGAGCUUCUGUGCUCAGUCACCCACCCCCCCCCCCGGCGGCGUCCCCCCCGCGGCUGCACACCCACUUCCUCCAGCUUCUCCUGCGGGAGGCGGAGGGCGUCCGUCCCUGUGCUCUGUCCUCGGUGUCUCCAGGCCGACGGGAGGCACUGCCCGCCCUGCGCUGCGCGGCUGUGGGCGGGCUACGUGGCUCUGCCUCCCAGCUGGGGCUUCCUCACCUCGGGUCGGGUGGUGUCGGGGUCUUGUUGGACUUCGGGGACCACAGGCGCCUCUCGUCCUGCUGAGGGGUCCCUUCCGGAUCAAAGCCUACGUGGCGUGAGGAGGAGGCGGACUGUUCUGGGUUCUCCGUGCGUGAAGACCCCAGCCCCUGCCCGCCCUCGGCAACGUGUGCGGUGUGGGGUGGGUGAGGCCGACAGUGGGUGGGGGUGCAGCCCACACAGCGAAUCAGCCCCCGUGUCCAGGGGUGCCUCUCAGAACACCCGGGGCCAACCACGGAAAGGCCCCCGCCGUCUCAGGAUGUGCUGGGGAAACCGUGGAGGGAGGGGAGGGACCUGUAAAGACACCCCCCACCCGCCAGCCCUGCACUCAUCUGUGUCUUCACUGAGCUUACACGUAAGGUUUCAAGCGAGGAGACGUUUCUGCAGGUUGAAGGGGGAAAGCUGCGUGGGUGGUGGAGGGGCAGGGCCGGGGUGGGCAGGGCUUCCGGAAGUGUCGGAGUCAGUGGACGCAGGGGGCAGGCGGGAGGCCCCAGGGAGGCCCUGUGACGGCAGGAGACCUGUGCGGGCUGGACGUGAGGACUGGACGGCAGUGGGGGCGGGGCAGGCCAGGGGCCCAAGGCCCGGGUUUCAGUCCUGUCACACAGGGGACGGGGGACACGGCAGCCUCGGGGUCACUGCAGGGAAAGCCCGGGGGGAGCAGCUGUGCCUGCUCACGUCAGCAGGUGCUCCUGCCCGAGCCUGCCCCGCCCCCCGCCGGCAUCGGGGUCGACCUCCUGCCGCUGCCCCGUGUCCCCUGGCCCCAGCGCACCCCACACCACAACCCUGCUCGGUGGGGCGGGCCGGCCGUCCUGCACUGGGGCGCCGGGUCUUGGCCGCCCUGACUCCGCCGGGUGCGGGGGGUUGUAUGGGCCGGCCCGGCCCAGUGGGAAGCUCCUUGGUUUGUGCGAGUCCGGUCGGCGUCGCGCUCCUGGCCGCUGCAUGGGCCCCACCCGCAGGGCUGGGUGCGAGCAGGCUCCCCCAGGAAGGGGAGUCCGUCCAGAGCCGGUUGGAGAGCAGGCCCAGGGCCCACCUGCAGGCCGCAGUGGACAUCUGGCUGGUCAGGGCACGCGGUCUCCCUGGGCCGGGGCCUGUGCUGUGAGCUUAGCGUUGGCGAGGACCCUGGGUGCUGAGCUCGCAGGCCGGCGGCCACGCGCGGGCACGCCCGGUGCAGCAGCCGUCCUGGCGGGUCUGGCCACAGCCCCCGGGCACCCUUGUUGGCGGGGGCCGUGCCAGUCCUUUGGGUGCGCAGGGGUGACACCAUCGAUCGGGGGUGCUUGGCUCCGGGCGGGGGGCAGAGGCGGGCCGCGAGCCCACGCAGGACCCUGGCCCACACGGUGCCCGUGAUGGCAGCCACGUGCAGGGCGGCCGGGGGCACUUGGCCAGCGUCCCCGCAGAAGUGCCCCGUGCGAUGCCUGGAGGGGCGGGCGCGUCCUGGGGUGGGAGCCACAGCUGCCGUGUCGCGCCGGCCAGGCAGACGCCCCAGCGAGGCCUCGGCCACUCUGCACACUGAGGACCGACGGGCGGGCCUGGGCAGGCGGGAGGCCUGAGCUGGUGUUUGCGGCACCUCCGUCCCCAGCACCCAAGAACCGCGUUCUUCCCGGGGGCAGGGGCUCUGCAGCAGAGGGAUGUGGGCUGGGGUCCCCGCAGGGUCUGGGUCUCGGGGAGAGCUUAGUUGGGAGCAGGAGGCGCAGCCUGUCCCUGGACGGCGGGCGACUGGCCGGGCCUGCGCAGAGAGGGGGGUUACAGCAGGGCGGAGGCCGGCAUCCCGCAGGGGCUGGCGGCUCCCAGGUGAGUGCGUCGUGAGGCCGGUGUGGGCCUGGGUUCCGGGGAGACGGGGGCCCCGCCGCAGCUGAGGCAGAGGGCGGGGGCAGACCCCCGUUCAGUCCUGAAAUAGGUCCUGGGCCCAGGCGCCCGCGUGUCCCCGAGAGGUGGGGGAGGCAGACUGGGGGGACGGGCAGACACCAACCCGCAGGCGA